UGUUAGCCUCUAUAUAUUCUUCUCCUUCCCAGCACAUUUCACAUCCGAAUCUAGGGUUUUUAUCCUCUUCUCCAGCCGCCGCCGCGCCACCGGCCGCUCCUCCAUCCCUUCUGCCAAUGGCGACCACUCACGCGAUCAGCAAGAAGCGGAAGUUCGUGGCGGAUGGCGUGUUCUUCGCGGAGCUUAACGAGAUGCUCACCCGUGAGCUCGCCGAGGACGGCUACUCCGGCGUCGAGGUCCGUGUCACCCCCAUGCGCACCGAGAUCAUAAUCCGCGCCACCCGCACCCAGAACGUCCUCGGCGAGAAGGGCAGGAGGAUCAGGGAACUGACUUCUGUGGUUCAGAAGCGCUUCAACUUCCCGGAGGGCGGCGUCGAGCUCUAUGCCGAGAAGGUGAACAACCGCGGCCUCUGCGCCAUUGCCCAGGCUGAGUCACUCCGCUACAAGCUCCUCGGUGGACUCGCCGUCAGAAGGGCAUGCUAUGGUGUUCUACGGUUUGUCAUGGAGAGUGGUGCCAAAGGCUGUGAGGUUAUUGUUAGUGGGAAGCUCAGGGCCCAACGUGCUAAAUCCAUGAAGUUCAAGGAUGGAUACAUGAUCUCUUCUGGCCAUCCUGUCAACCUAUAUAUUGACUCAGCUGUGAGGCAUGUUCUCCUGAGACAGGGUGUGCUUGGUAUCAAGGUAAAGAUUAUGCUCGACUGGGAUCCAAAGGGCAAGCAAGGGCCAACCAUGCCUUUACCUGAUCUUGUUACAAUUCACCCCCCAAAGGAAGAGGAUGAGCUCUUGAGGCCCCUUGCACCAGAAAUCCCAGUUGCUUAAGUAAAAAAGUUUAGAUAUGAUUUGACCUAGUUUUGCAUUCAUGUAAUGUUCAUUAUUAACAUUGUCGCAAGUAAAAAGAGUUCUACUUUUUGAAGUUGCAAACAGUGGCAAUCAAUAUAUUCUUUUUGCUUCUUUUCUCACUACGGCAUUGGAGCUUGAUAAUAGUUUAUUGUGGUUCACUUGACAUUUAAUUUAGGCAACUUGUCACAUUUUUUAGGUCAUUGUGAGUAAGCCAAUGUUAGUUGCAAUAUUGCAAUUCUCUAAUUCUUUUGUAUUUGUAUGUAGGAUUGUGGUUGACAUGAUCCAUUUCUUUAGAAAUAUUCAUGGUUUUGAUUGUUAGCCUAUGAUGCUUGCAGGAUAGUGUGUAUCGGCUUUACGCUACUUUAAUGCGUCUUUUGCCGAAAGUGUUUCCUGCAAUAACAAUUUGAGGAAAGUGGGCAGUUGGGUUAAGCUUAUCUGCUUUCUCCAACAAUCAUUUUCCUCUCAUGUAGCCAGCAUCAUAUUUAUGUGUUUCAUUGUCUCCAUUGUUUUUGGUAUAGCUUUCCAUAGCUUUUGAUUGGCUGGAUGUUUCUGCUUUUACACAAUAGAAUCUAAAGCUGUCAGAAUGGCUUAUGGAUUGGCUUUUUUUACAUCUGCGCACAAGUUUUCUUCAGUUCCGAAUGGCAUGUUACUAUGCAGGAUAGUGUGUAUCGGCUUUAUGCUUUCUUCUAUGCAUUUUUUGCCGAAAGUGUUUCCUGCUAUAUUGAUUGAAGGAAAAUGGGCAGUUGGGUUAAGCUUAUAUUCUGUUUUCUCCAACAAUCAUUUUCCUCUCAUGUGUCCAAAUCUAUAUUCUCUGAGAACGAUUUCUGAAUCUUUUGCUAGCCUUGCUAAGCAUUGCAGCAUUUACAUGCUUUUCUACUGCUAUAGUGCAUUACAUCAUUUGUUGCAUGUGAUUUUGUUUUGUUAGGAAAUAUUUGUAGUUUGAAUGCUAAGUGCAGGACUUGUCUAAAUAGGCAUACAACUCGUCAUUGUGUUACUUGCCAUCUGAACUUGUUUCCUGCUAGACCAAUUUGAGAAAAAUGGGCAGUUGAGUUAGGCCAAUGUCUUGUGGUUUCCUCAACAAUCAUUUUUCUCAUAGUUUGCCCUUCUGAGUUGAAGCUUCCACUACCUUCAGGAGUUUAAGUUUGCAUCUGUGUAUAUCUAUUGGCUGCAUGUAACUUAGCACAUAGUAGUUGGUAUCAUUGUUUUUUGUGGUUGUGCAUCUGGUUGCUGCAGGAUUUUUGUAUCGGCGGCAUGCUGAUUUUUGUGCAUUGUUUCCGAGCGGUCCUGCAAUAUUGAUCCUAUGGAGGAUGACUUUUCUUCUGCAUUUAGUGUUUCGACCACUGAAUGCAUUCAGCUGUCCUUCGUAUAUAUCCCAUUUGUUGUUUAAAUUAUUGGGAAAACACAGUAACCAGCUCCAUUGUGAUUCACUUGAUAUCUGCAGUAUGCACUCCUGAAGUCUUCGCUCUAAAGUCUUUUUCUAUCCUUAAAAAAAAGUCUUGCUUUCUGAAUUAUAUCUAGAUAAUAUUUGAAAAAAAAUGUGCUGGUUUUCAUUAGUGUUUUAUAAUGGUGGAUGAACUUUUAUGGUUUUCAUCAGUAAGCGAAUUUGACUAACAGGAGAUCAGGUUCUUUUCCUUGUCUAUCUCAAAGACACCACGCGCUGGUGCUGUGGAGUGAGACGCUUGGAUGAUUUGCAAUGUGAUGUUAUCUCCAGUAUGUUUAGGAGUCGCUAACUGCUGUACAGUUUAGCAGGAGGUUAAACAGUGAAAUUGCUGAGAUCUACGUAUAGUAUGCUUAAUGUAUCUACAUACAUUUGUAUGGCAUUCUAUGCUUAAUGUAUCUUAUUUACAA